GCAAUCGUUGGCAUAUUUUAUACCGAAUGAUGUCCAAAGUUAUUAUUCCUAAGAUAGUGGGACAUAGAGGAGUUGGAAAGGAAGGACUUGCACCAGAAAAUACUUUAAGAAGUUUUGUUCUCUGUAUGGAGAGAAAUAUACCAUAUAUUGAAACUGAUUUACGCGUUUGUAAAACUGGAGAAAUUGUUCUUUUUCACGGUACACCGGAAGGAACUAUCCCUUUUUACAAGGAUGGAACAAGUCGAAUUGGUGACCUUUCACUGGAAGAACUAAAGAGAUUGGAUGUCGGUGGAGGACACACAAUUCCUUCAUUGGAAGAAUUAUUUGUUGCUAUUGAAGAACAAAAGUUUAACUUGAAGUUGAAUUUGGAAUUGAAAGGUGAAGAGUGGAAGAGAAAAGAGUCAGGUGACCAUCAGAGAUUGUUGUUACUUGUAGAAAAGUAUCAUAUGCAAGAAAGAGUAGACUAUUGCUCUUUCCACCAUGAAGCUUUAGCCCAUCUGAAAGCAUUAUGUCCCGAUGUAAAGAUUACUUACUUAUUCAAUUAUAUGGGACAGCCAACUCCUUUGGAUUUUGUAGAACAAGCUUGUUAUGGUGAUGCUAAUGGUGUUUCGAUGCUCUUUCAUUACUUAACUAAAGAACAAGUUUGUACAGCUCAUGAGAAAGGUUUAUCAGUUACAGUUUGGAUGCCUUGGAUAUUCGAUGAUUCCGAAGAAGACUGGAAGAAGUGUUUAGAACUUCAAGUUGACUUGAUCUGUUCCAAUUAUCCUUUUGGUUUAAUGAAUUUUUUAAGUAACAUUUCGGAGUAAACAUGCAAGUGAAAUCAUAUUUC